AUGGCAACAGGAAAGAAUAAGAAGUAUAAGGCAGGAAAUGUUAAGAAGGGAAGCAAGAGAAAGAUUGCUGAACCAUUCUCCAAGAAGGAAUGGUACAAUGUUAAAGUACCAAAGAAUUACAAAAGAAGAACCGUUGGACAAAUUGUUGUUAAUAAGACAGCUGGUACUAGAAUUGCUUCAGAACAACUUAAGGGAAGAGUUGUUGAAGUAAAUCUUGCUGAUCUUAUGGAAAAUGAAAAAUUUGGAGCAUACAAUUACAAAUUUAAAUGUGAAGAUGUUAAUGGAAAAGAUUGUCUUAUGAUCUUCCAUGGACUUAAACUCACAACUGAUAAAUUAAGAUCAAUCGUUAAGAAGUGGUGUACUCUUAUUGAAACAUCAGUUGAUGUUAAAACUACUGAUGGCCACUUAAUUAGAAUCUUCUGCAUUGGAUUCACCAGCAGAAAAUCCAAUCAAAUCAAGAAGACUUCAUACGCUAAAAGUGCUCAAAUUAAAAAGAUUAGAAAGAUUAUGAAUAAUCUCAUCACUAAAGAAGCUGCUUCACGUGAACUUACACAAUUUGUUGAUUAUCUCAGAGAAAACAAACUUCCAAAAGAAAUUGUUGCCAAAUGCAGCAAAGUCUUCUCAAUGGACAAUGUCUACAUUCGUAAGGUCAAGAUUCUUAAGGCUGGUAAAAUUGAUUCACUUAAACUCCUUGACCAACACCAAGAUAACAGUGCACCAGUUGAAGCUGCCCCAGUUGCUGAAGAAAAAGGAGAAGUUGUUGAAGCUUAA